UCCCCAUCUCCUCCCCAGCUGGGAGACUAAACACAAGCAGCCAUGAGUGUAGCCGGACCAGCGCUGUUCCUCCUGGCCUCUGUGGCCGCCCUGCUGGGCCUCUGCUCCGGCGGCUCGGACGCGCCCCGCGGAGUCGCGGUGGGGUUCGUGUUCGACCCCAGGGCGAGCUGCGACCCGCCGUGCGAACACGCGGGGAUCUGCAUCCGCAACAACACCUGUUUCUGCCUGAAGGGCUACGAGGGGGAGACCUGCAGAUACGCCAACUGUUAUCCCAAAUGUAAAAAUGGAGGACAGUGUCUUCGUCCUGGAAAAUGCAGAUGUCCUCCUGGAUUUGGAGGAAGAUAUUGUCACAAAGUGACGUGUGAUGGCGGAUGUUGGAACGGAGGAGAAUGCAUCGCCGUUAAUGGAGUAGCCAAGUGCAUCUGCUCUUCAAGCUGGACCGGAUCAAAAUGCCAGGACGCAAUCUGCCCCCAAGGCUGCAGGAACGGGGGGCUUUGCGUGGCUCCAGGAAUCUGCAGCUGUCCGGAGGGAUGGCUGGGUGGUGCUUGCCACACGGCCGUGUGCAGUCAGCCCUGCCUGAACGGAGGGAAGUGCAUUUCCCCCAACAAAUGCCGCUGCCGCCCCCCCUUCUCCGGAGCCCACUGUGAGGAGAGGCAGAAGUUACACUAGUGGGGCUCGUGUUGUUACUUUUCACUAGCUCAGUGUGUUUUAUACUAUGACAUGUCUUUUUUUUUUUACAUAACCAUCCAACCUGUUUCUAUUGUCAUUUCUUUUUAUGUAAAUGCAGGUGUCGCAUUUUUAAUAAAAUUUAAACAAUGAA